AUGAAAAGCACCUUUUUUAUUAAUAUAAGAAAAAAUAGAGAAGAGAAUGUUACAUGUCAAACAUCAUUAGUCGAGUAUUCUUUAAUUAAAACUAAAGAUCAGAAGAACAAAGUUAAAAAUAAGGAAGAUACAGGAUUUAAGAAUAAUAAUAUAGAUAAGGAGAAAUAUAGAAAAAAACAAGAAAAAUCAUUUAAAUUUAUAAUCAGGAUUUGUAAUGUUUUUCCUAUUUUCUAG